AAGGCUUCCGGGUUUGGCGGGGCCUUUGUCUCUUGCUGCAGCUGGAGCUCCACGUCUCGUCUUCACUGCUCUGUGUCCUCUGCUCCUAGAGGCCCAGCCUGUGUGGCCCUGUAUCCUGCAGGUAUUGGGAGAUCCGCAGCUAAGACGCCGGGACCCCCUGGAAGCCUAGAAAUGGGGCCAUUGCAAUUUAGAGAUGUGGCCAUAGAAUUCUCUCUGGAGGAGUGGCAUUGCCUGGACAUUGCACAGCGGAAUUUAUAUAGGAAUGUGAUGUUAGAGAACUACAGAAACCUGGUCUUUCUUGGUAUUAUUGUCUCAAAGCCAGACCUGAUCACCCGUCUGGAGCAAGGAAAAAAACCUUUGACUCUGAGGAGACAUGAGAUGGUAGCCAAGCCCCCAGUUUUGUGUUCUCAUUUUACCCAAGACCUUUGGCCAGAGCAGAGCAUAAAAGAUUCUUUCCAAAAACUGAUACUGAGAAGAUAUGAAAAAUAUGGACAUGACAAUUUACAGUUUAAAAAAGGCCGUGAAGGUGUGGAUGAGUGUAAGGUGCACAAAAGAGGUUAUAGUGGACUUAACCAACGUUUGACAACUACCCAGAGCAAAAUAUUUCAAUGUGAUAAAUAUGGGAAAGUCUGUCAUCAAUUUUCAAAUACAAACAGACAUAAGACAAGACAUACUGGAAAAAAAGCUUUAAAAUGUAUAGAAUGUGGCAAAGCUUUUAACCACUCCUCAAUCCUUACUACACAUAAGAAAAUUCAUACUGGAGAGAAACCCUACAAAUGUAUAGAAUGUGGAAAAGCCUUCAACUGGUCCUCACAGCUUACUACACAUAAGAUAAUUCAUACUGGAGAGAAAUGGUACAAAUGUGAAGACUGUGGCAAAGCCUUUAACCGCUCCUCUAACCUUACUACACAUAAGAAAAUUCACACUGGAGAGAAACCCUACAAAUGUGAAGAAUGUGGCAAGGCCUUUAAGCGCUCCUCUGUCCUUACUACACAUAAGAGAAUUCAUACUGGGGAGAAACCCUAUGAAUGUGAAGAAUGUGGCAAAACCUUUAAGUACCUUUCUUCCCUUUCUACACAUAAAAUAAUUCAUACUGGAGAGAAACCCUACAAAUGUGAAGAAUGUGGCAAAGCCUUUAACGACUCAUCUACCGUUACUAAACAUAAGAGAAUUCAUACUGGAGAGAAACCCUACAAAUGUGAUGAAUGUGGUGAAGCCUUUAAGUACUCCUGUUCCCUUACUGCACAUAAGAUAAUUCAUACUGGAAAGAAGCCUUACAAAUGUGAAGAAUGUGGCAAAGUGUUUAAGCGCUCCUCUCCACUUUCUAAACAUAAGAGAAUUCAUACUGGAGAGAAACCCUACAAAUGCGAAGAAUGUGGCAAAGCCUUCAGUCGGUCCUCUAUUCUUACUACACAUAAGAUAAUUCAUACUGGAGAGAAGCCCUACAAAUGUGAAGACUGUGGCAAAGCCUUUAACCGCUCCUCCAACCUUACUACACAUAAGAAAAUUCACACUGGAGAGAAACCCUACAAAUGUGAAGAAUGUGGCAAGGCCUUUAAACGCUCCUCUAUCCUUACUAUACAUAAGAGAAUUCAUACUGGGGAGAAACCCUAUGAAUGUGAAGAAUGUGGCAAAACCUUUAAGUACCUUUCUUCCCUUUCUACACAUAAAAUAAUUCAUAUUAGAGAGAAACCCUACAAAUGUGAAGAAUGUGGCAAAGCCUUCAACUGGUCCUCACACCUUACUACACAUAAGAGAAUUCAUACUGGAGAGAAACCCUACAAAUGGAAGUGUGGCAAAGCUUUUAACCAUCCCACAACCCUUUUUUCACAUAAGAAAAUUCAUAUUGGAGGGAAACCAUACAAGUGCAAUAAAUGUGGCAAAGCCUUUAUUUCAUCCUCAAACCUUAGAAGACAUGAGAUAAUUCAUAUGGGAGAGAAUCCCUACAAAUGUGAAUGUGGCAAAGCCUUAAACACUCCUCUACCCUUACUAGACAAGAUAAUUCAUACUGGAGAGAAACCCUAUGAGUUUGAUGAAUGUGGGAAAGUUUUUAACCAGCAAUCAACUUUUACUAAAUAUGAGAAUUUAUAUGGAACAUAAACCCUACAAAUAUAAAGAAUGUGACAAAGAGGGAGUUCUCAACCCUUAUUACACAUAAUUCAUAUUGGACAGAAACCUUAAAGAAUGUGGCCCCUGAAGAAUGUGGCAAAGCCUGUAACAAGUUUUCAAUCAAUUUUUUUUUUUUUUUGAGAUGAAGUUUCAUGCUUGUCACCCAAGCUGGAAUACAAUGCCACGAUCUUGGCUGACUGCAACCUCCGCCUCCUGAAUUCAAGUCAUUCUUCUGCCUCAGCUUUUCUAGUAGCUGAGAUUACAAGUGCCUACCACCAUGCCCAGCUAAAUUUUUAUAUUUUUAGUAGAGAUACAAUUUUACCAUGUGUGCCUGGGUGGUCUCGAACUCCUGACCUCAGGUGAUCCACUCACGUUGGCCUCCUAAAGUGCUGGGAUUACAGGCAUGAACCAUGAUGCCUGGCCACCAUUUCUGAAUUCUUAAGAGACUUGGUGAUAAUUCAUGCUGAAGAGGAACUCCACAAACCUAAAAAAAGUGACAGUGCUUUUACCAACCCCUCCAACUUCUCUAUACAUAACAAUAAUUAUUCUGGUGUGAAACCCUAGAAAUAUAUAAAAUAUGACAGCCUUUAUAUGGUGGCCACACUUGAUUGUGGGUAAGAUAACUCAUACUGGCAAAACUCCUACAAGUGUGAAGAAUGUGGCAAAAGUUUUAAUCAGUACUUACACCUUAUUUCACAAGAAAGCUGUUAUUCUUGAGAAAAAUUGUACAAAUAUAAGGAAUAUGGAAAACCCAUUAACUCCUACUCAUAUCUUAACAUAAAAAGGUUCCUUUUAAUAAAAGCAUUAAGAGUGUAA